AUGCCGCUCACUAACCGCCGUCGCGCGCGGCGCAAGGAAAUCCAACUCCAGGAAACGUCCGAUGCAGAGGCACCGGACUCCUCGCCCAGCCGACCCUCCGCAAAGAAGCGCAAGGAACUAACAUCCUGGACGUGGGAUCAACAGGUUGACCGGCGCAAAUCUCCCUCACGAAACGUCAAGCAAGAAUCCGGCGACGAGGCCGAAGAUUCAACGGGCGAUCACGAACCAGCCAGCAACCAGGAUCUGGUCGAUCUGGUAAUUUCCUACCUCAACACACCCCGCGAAGAAUUGCGCGUCUCGCGCGACCACUCCAACACCAAGACCGAAAACACCCAGCGCAUUCAGGCCUACGCCAAGAUCGCCGGCCGCAACUGGACCUAUUACGUCAAAACACUGCAUGUCAACAUUGGCCGGGAACCGGACCGCGAACAGAAAACCACCGAACAGUCCAGCCCGGUGACGAUAGCCGCCCGUGCGCUACCCGAUGUCCAUGUUGAUUUGGGCCCUAGCAAAUUCGUAUCCAGACUGCAUGCGGAAAUCUUCUACGAUGGGGAGGAAACGCCCGCCUGGCACAUUCGCGUCAAUGGCCGGAAUGGCGUGCGCUUGAACAAUGGCAUUGUCAAGCGCGGCACAGAUGCGGUGUUGUCAUGUGGCGACAUCAUUGAGAUCGCCAAUACACAGAUGAUGUUCGUCACGCCCGGAGACGAGGCGAAUAUCCAGCCGAGCUUUAUCGAGCGCGCCCAGCGCAUCGCCAGCGGCCAGGAGCAGGACCCCGCGGCAAUUCCUUGGGAUGCUUCUCAACAUGCUCAUCCUUCGCAGCCUUCCCAGACCGAGGAAGUGCCGCCAUCUUCGUCCGGUGGGCCAUCAUUGGCUCCGGCUCCUCAAUUCCUCAAACGCCAGGUUACACCCCCGCCGCGAUCACCUGAUACCGUGGGACAACGAACCGCGAAGCAGUCUCCGCUUUACAAUCGUGGUAUGAUGAUGGAAAGCACGGAGGAUAUCGACUACAGCAAGGAUGCCGCGAAGGAUCUGAAGCCGCCGUACAGCUAUGCGACAUUGAUUGCCCAGGCAAUCUUCUCCAGCGAAGAAGAGAAACUCACCUUGAACAGCAUUUACAAUUGGAUCAGGGACAAGUAUUCCUUCUAUCGGCAUUCACAGAGCGGCUGGCAGAAUUCCAUCCGACACAAUCUCUCGUUGAACAAGGCGUUCCAAAAGGUCCCUCGGCGCACCGACGAACCGGGCAAGGGCAUGAAAUGGCAGAUUGCAGCCGAGUACAGAGACGAGUACCGGAAGAAGCAAACCCGCAAAGGUCACACCUUAUCCUCUGCCCCAUCUUCCCCCGCAAACAAGGAGCCCCCCUCUUCAGCAACCCGGGGAUCCCGCGUCAGCAAGCUGGACACCUCAUUCUCUGCAAACUCUGCAACUGCGAGAAAGUCGCCACCCGUGUCAUCUCCAGGAUUCAGUUCAUUCCCCGUCGCCCCCGUGGAAGCCUACACCCCGGAGCGCGGGUCUCAGCUCGGCCGAGGCGUUGGUUCCGACCAUCCACUGCGACACAUGAACCCACGCGAUUACGACGAACCAUCCCCACUUCCUGCGCGCACGCACAACCCCAGCUCCAGCAUCUCAACGCAGGUCCAAAACAGCAGCCACAACCUUGCUCGCGCGUAUGGAAUGUCCGACAAUAUCGCGGGAUCCCCACCCGUCCUUUCAUCAUCCUACUACAACGAAGAACCCUCCUCAAUGAUCACCCCCGCCCCUCAACGCCAACAACCCCGUCUUCCACCCCCGAGCACUGCGCAGAUCCCGUCCAAGUUCAUGCCCAUGAGCUCGCCGGCCCAGUUUUGGAAAUUCGCCGAUAUCGGCAGUACCCCUGCACGCCCUCCUCCGGACAUGAGUCCCCUCAAGGGAGAGGUCGAGGACCGCAUCAUCGGCGGGUUCCCGAGUAGUAGUCCUCCCCCGCCGAACUUGGUGAGUCCCAGUAAGCCUGGGACUUCGAAUGGGUUGGGCCCAGGUCGGACAUUGCCGCCUAUGAAGACCGAGCCGGGUGAUUUGGGUGCUAAUGGUUCCCAUGCUCGCAAAGAGGGACCUCUUGAUGAGGAUGAUGAGGAGGAUACUUCUGGUUUUGAUAUCGCUCGGGGCUUCCCAGCUAUUGGCUCAUACCAUCGUCAACUAAGCAAUGCUGCUCGUGCAACUGCGACUUAG